AUGGACAAAACCAAGUAUCGUCGUGCUCUAAUCAAAAUACUAAUAAUAAUUGGAAUUGGAAUAUUGUCCCAACAAGGCAUCCAAAACCAAGAGAAUGAUCCAUCGUUAUCAUUAUCCGAAAGAUUCGAGUACUGGAAGACAAAAUAUGGAGUUGUCUACAAGGAUGUUGCAGAACAGAAAAAACACUUUCAAAUAUUCAAACACAAUGUGGCCUACAUUGAUUACUUCAAUGCUGCAGGGAACAAACCCUACAAACUUGCCAUUAAUAGAUUUGUGGAUAAACCCAUCGAGGAUUCCGAUGACGGGUUCGAAAGGACUACUACAACAACACCAACAACAACAUUUAAGUAUGAAAAUGUCACUGAUAUUCCUGCCACCGUAGACUGGAGGAAACGUGGAGCAGUUACUCCAAUCAAGAAUCAAGGAAAAUGUGGUAGUUGCUGGGCAUUUUCUGCUGUGGCUGCGAUAGAAGGUAUCCAAAAAAUAACUAGUGGAAAUUUAGUUUCCCUUUCAGAGCAGCAACUUGUGGAUUGUGAUAGAAGUGGUCGGACUAAAGGAUGUGAUAACGGUAAUAUGAUUAAUGCUUUUAAAUUCAUUUUAGAAAAUGGUGGAAUUGCGACAGAAGCAAAUUAUCCAUACAAGCGAGUUGUUAAAGGAACUUGUAAAAAGGUAAGUCACAAAGUUCAAAUUAAGAGCUAUGAAGAAGUCCCUAGUAAUAGUGAAGAUUCACUACUUAAAGCUGUGGCCAAUCAACCGGUUUCGGUUGGUAUUGAUAUGAGAGGCAUGUUCAAGUUUUACUCAAGUGGGAUUUUUACAGGAGAAUGUGGAACUAAGCCAAACCAUGCUUUAACCAUAGUUGGUUAUGGUACAUCAAAAGAUGGUAUCAAAUAUUGGUUAGUGAAAAACUCAUGGAGUAAAAGAUGGGGAGAGAAGGGUUAUAUAAGGAUUAAGCGAGAUAUAGAUGCAAAGGAAGGCCUAUGUGGCAUUGCAAUGAAACCUUCUUACCCAAUUAUCAACAACAUCGAAUAA